UGUCGCCUCACAUAACAGAUAGGUUUGUUUCCAAAAUAUCCACAUCUUAUUGCAACUCGCUUCAUUCUACACCAAAUUUAUUUUCUCUUGGUUUUCUGAGUUUCCAACGUAGUCUUUUUGACCGAAAAUGGUGGUGCUUACACGCAGUGCAGCCAAGUUGAAGGAGAACCAAGUGGAGUUCAAGCCUUCUAAACCAGAGACCGUGGUGACUUUAUCUGAUCAGAAUCUCCGGGCUGCGUCCAAAGGACAUUCGGCGCCGUCUAAAGGACCUUCGGCACCCAAGAAGAAUGCAAAAUCUGUAAAUCUUCUGAAGACGCUGGUAUCUGAGGUUCAAAAUAAGAAAUAUUCUACAACAGACACAAAAAAUAAGGGUGAAAAGCAACCGGCUUCCAAAGUGAGUUCCACAAUCGAAAGUCCUGAAGCUGCGGCCAAACAAAAUGUAAAACCAAAUCCAAAUAUGAAGCCAAGCCAAAAGAAGUCGACAAAGAAGCCGAGGACCAAAAAGUGCUUGUUCCAUCCCGUCCAAUAAGCUGGAAUAGAUCAUAUCGAACAUCCAGUCAAAUAAUUGUUAUCACGUUGCGUUUUGUUUUUUUCGUUUUAAAUUUAUUUUUCAAAAUUGAUUUUAAACAUUGGGUUUCCAAAGCGAAUGCCACAUGAAAGGUAGCCCAUAAUUCAUGAAAUUCUCCUUUUUUUCUUUCACGAAGUAUAAUGCAAUCUACCUAUUAUUAAAAAUUCAAUUAUUUAAUUUAAAAUAA